UUGAGUUGGAAAGGGAGUCGGCAGAGCAGGGAAAGUGAGUCGACCAACGGACACAGUGAGAGAAGGACCUCCAGGCUAAUACUAACGCUAACCCUUAUGUUACUUUGAAGGCUUUGUGAGCACACCUGCAGCAGCUUGACUUCCACUCGUUUAGCCUAUCUAGCGUAGCACCCAAGGACCAGGGAGCACUGUAUAGUGAUCCCCAUAGCUCACACCUCCUCCGUGGUAUCCCCCCCCCCCAGUCAUCUAGCUUGGCAUGAAGAUGUGUUUUAGUCUACAGAAGGCUGGACCAAAUUCACUAUAAUACACUACAAAGAGAAAGAGAGAGGAUAAUCUGGCCAAAUCAUCAUUAAACCGAUAAUCCACACCAAGUAAAAAGAAGAGAAAGGGGGACAAAGACUAAAGGAAGGGGGAAAAGGAUACAGAACAUCCCUUCAAAAUGGCGCAGAUCCCUCAGGUGUGGCACACCCAGGAAGAGAAAGUGGACCUGGAUAUAUUGGUGGCUGUUGGCAGCCAACCCGAGUGCUCUAUCUGCUACAACACCUACGACAACGUCUUCAAGACGCCCAAGCUGCUGGACUGUUCCCACACCUUCUGCCUCGAGUGUCUAUCACGCCUCAUGGCCAUUUCACUGGGAGAGCAGGAAGGAGGAGGCAGCAGCAAGAUCCUGUGUCCCUUCUGCCGCCACCCCACCCUCCUGACCAAGGAGGGUCCCCCGGCCCUGGCCACCAGCAGCGAGGUACUCUGUAAGCUGCCCAGCCACCAGCAGCACGAGGAGCCUGUGUGGCUGGACGGAGAGAAGCUGUGCUACAAACGGGCCCUGGAGGCCAGCCCCGAGGCCUCUAGCUCCACCUCGACCUUCUGCAUCUGCAUCGACAUAGGGGCCAGCAAAGCAGGCGAGGUCCCGGCUCAGACACGCCCCCACAACAUGGCCUUUAUGAGGCGUCUGACCAGCUGUAAGCGGCUGCUGCUCUUCAUCAUGCUGAUGGUGCUGCUAGUGGUCAUCGUGCUGUGGCCCCUGCAGUGCAUCGUCACCACGGGCAACAUGCACUGCAUGCCUCGCUCUGUGGGCUCAAUACAAGGCUCCAUCACCACCACAGCUACCCCAUUCACCAGCAUACACCAUUCCACAAAGGGAGCCUUUCAUUAAAAUACAUGUAUGUAGUAUGCCAGAUUCCACCAACGGUACCCUGGUUCACAUUCACACAGACCCCCAGAAUAAGCUCUAGUAAGAGGUUGAUCUAUGUAUCCCUUCUCCGCCACAUUCUCCUUCAGCUCCACUAAAGGGUAUCCAGCCACAGCCCCCCCCCCCCCCA